GGCCCGGACCAGACGCUGCUGCUGCCUCCCUGGGACCCGGGAGCCCGGACUGGGCAGCUGCUGCCCCCCCCCGGGGUCCCUGCUGGGGGGGGCCUGUCAUUAACCCCUCCGUGCCCGGCCGGGGAGGUAUCUGCAGCUGGGACCAGCCCCGGGCUCUGCCCGCCCCCAGCCGGAGCCCCCCGGCUGCAGAAUGACAUCCAUGUUUCACUCCAGCUCAUCCCGUCCUCCCAUGGGACAGGGGAGAGAAAUGGCUGCAGAGGAGCCAGCUGAGGGGCCGGUGACCUUCGAGGAGGUGGCUGUGUAUUUCACCAGGGAAGAGUGGGCUCUGCUGGACCCCGCUCAGAGAGCCCUCUGCAGAGACGUCAUGCAGGAGAACUAUGAGAAUGUGACCUUGCUGGGAUCACCCCAACAUGCCAGUGACACACACACGACCAGCGACCCUCCCCUGCUGCAGAACACUUUGGGAACAGAGCACAGGAGCAGUAUCGCACCGUGUCAAGUAUCUCCUGUUUGCUCAAGGUUUCCAGUUUCCAAACCUGAUGUGCUCUCCCAGCUGGAACAAGGGGAAGAGCCAUGGGUCCCAGACCUCCAGGUUUCAGAGGAAAGAGAGAUCCUGAGAGCUCACUGCACAGCAGGUGAUGCAAUGGCAUGUGAGAAAGAGGAGCAGAAUUCUCAGCAGGAAGAUGCUGAGCAAGUGGAUAAACACAGAGACUUAUCGCAAAGACCAAACCAGAAUGCGUCCAGGAGUCAUGAGCAGGGAAAACCCUGUGAGAUUCAGCACAGACCAGAGAGAGAGCAGGGAAACCAGCCAGGGGAGAAAGUGGGUAAAUGUAUUUACUCUCAGGGAACUCAGAAGAACCUCAAGGAAACAACAAUCCAGCAGGAAAUCCUCAUGGGAAAGAGAAAAAAUACAUGCACUGAGUGUGGGAAAAACUUAAGUGAUUACUCAGCCCUUAUUAAACAUCAGAGAAUCCACACAAGAGAGAGGCCCUAUCAAUGCCGUGAGUGUGGGAAAAACUUCACUCACAGAUCAGGCCUUUUUCAACAUCAGAGAAUCCACACAGGGGAGAGGCCCUAUGAAUGCAGUGAGUGUGCGAAAACAUUCAAUCACAGCUCACACCUUAUUACCCAUCAGAGAAUCCACACAGGAGAGAGGCCCUGUGAAUGCAGUGAAUGUGGGAAAAGCUUCACUAGCAGCUCACACCUUAUUACUCAUCAGAGAAUCCACACAGGAGAGAGGCCGUAUGAAUGCAGUGAGUGUGGGAAAACCUUCAAUUGCAGCUCACACCUUAUUACCCAUCAGAGAAUCCACACAGGAGAGAGGCCAUAUGAAUGCAGUGAGUGUGGGAAAACCUUCAAUCGCAGCUCAAACCUUAUUACCCAUCAGAGAAUCCACACAAGGGAGAGGCCCUAUGAAUGCAGUGAGUGUGGGAAAAGCUUCACUAACAGAGCAGCCCAUCUUAAUCAUCAGAGAAUCCACACAGGGGAGAGGCCCUAUGCAUGCAGUGUGUGUGGGAAAAACUUCACGCAUAGAUCAGGACUUUUUCAACAUCAGAAAAUCCACACAGGGGAGAGGCCCUAUCAAUGCAGUGAGUGUGGGAAAACCUUCAUUCGGUGCUCACAUCUUAUUACACAUCAGAGAAUGCACACAGGUGAGAAACCCUAUGAAUGCAGUGAGUGUGGGGAAACCUUCAGUCAACGCUCAAGCCUUGUUAGUCAUCAGAGAAUCCACACUGGGGAGAGGCCCUAUGAAUGCAGUGAGUGUGGGAAAACCUUCAUUCGGUGCUCACAUCUUAUUACACAUCAGAAAAUGCACACAGGUGAGAAACCCUCUGAAUGCAGUGAGUGUGGGAAAACUUUUUUUUGGAGCUCAGACCAUGUUAGGCAUCAGAAAAUCUGCAAGGGAGAUCAACACCAUAAAAGACUCUAGGGCUAUGAAGACUUCUUUUUUUCUUUAAUACUUUGGCUGAUUCCCAUAUAGUAACCUUUAAAGCUGUUUGAAGUGUUUGCAGCACCAUUAUACCUCAGCUUGUCCAGAUGAGGGGCCCAUUUUUGCCUUUUGCAGUUUUCCUGGUUUGGAGAUGGACCCAUUUGUCCUUUCUAUCAACUCCAUUGUCCCAUGAGUAAUUUGAAUAUGCCCUUCCUACAGGGAACCAGGGAGCAUCACAUUUAUCCCAUUCCUCCUAUUGCAAAGUUAUUGUUAGUCACCAAUGAUACAAAUUGUAUCAUAGAAUCAUA